UUUUUUUCGUUUAAAAUUCCUAAAAAAAAUGAAGAACUUUAUGCAAUUAAUCUGUACAUUCUUCUUCGUAGCCAUAUUGUUUACGACGCCAGGUGUGAAAAUGGUUCAAGGACAACGAAUGUGCGAAGCAAAAAGCCUAAAUUUUAGAGGAAUGUGUAUGAAGUGGAGGACUUGCAAAUUCGUAUGUCUAAGUGAAGGUUUCACUGAUGGUCGAUGCGAAGGAUUUAUCCGUCAUUGCAUCUGCAGGAAACCUUGCAUGGUUUCUACU